GCGUUCACAACAACCUGCUGUCAGUUAACAACGGUAUCUUAUCUAGUUAACUAUGCCUAUUCGUUUGUUUUAGAGCCGUGUUUACGUCAUUUGUAACGCGCACUUCGAUUAGUUUCACGGUUUUUUCACCGUAGUUUUCAACAAGGAAGAUUCUUGUGAUUCGUAUUGGUGUAUUUGAAUUUUAUAGUGUUAAGUGUUGUCAAAUUUGUGUUAUCGGCUUGAUUAGUUUUUGUGUACAUGUAGUGACUCCUCGAAGAAAAACAGUGUUGGAUACAUAUAUUUUGAAUACUCAGUUUCAAUGGAAAAACCUAUCUAAAAUACUGUGAUAUUAAAAAUUCUAACUGACUGUAAAUAAAUAUGUUUAUAAAAUUUAAGUGGUGCAAACUGAUGUGAUCAGUGAUCAGUAUUUGUGGAUUACGUUAAAAAAUGAAAGAUGAUUAUACAAACUAAAACGACUGAGGAUAUGGAAUCUCUCAUUGAUGAUACUGUUAUUGAAGAGGAGCCAGAAGAUGAUACCACUAGAAGUGUUCUACAUAGAAAGAGUUCUUUGGCGUUAACUCCCGAGGAAGAACCGUUAGACAUACACAGAGCAACAAGCGAAGUGAAACUUGGACAAAUAACGCCACCUUCGCGACUAUUAAAAAUACUGACCGUUUUCUCUGCUUUAGACCAAGUAGGCGAAACCAUUGUAAAGGCAGCUGAAAAGUUAGGCUUUGAAAUCACAACUUCUACCUCAGAUAAAGCGGCUCUGGAAGAGUACCAGCAGAGACUGCACGAUCUGGUGAUAAUAGAUUCGCGGUCGCCGAAGGGAAUCAAUUACGACACAUUAUGUCGGUCUCUCAGAAAUACCAAAGGAAAUCAGCAUACUGUUGUAGUGGCUGUUGUAAAAAAGAGUGCGUUCGAAAAAGAUGACAAUACGAUAGGAUCAUUAUUAGAUUCUGGAUUUAAUAGGUGUAUGGUAGAAACAACAAACGUAGUAGCCAGUGGAAAUGAGUUGAUUUUAUUGCGGCAUAGUGACAUUCGGCCGUUGGCUCAGCAUGCAACAACACAAGGACUUUAUUCAGCCCUUGACAAAUGCAAAGAUAUCGUCGUAGUAACAGAUGACAAGUAUAACUUACAGUACAUUAACAGGGCCUGCGAAAAACAACUUGGCCUAAGGCAAGAAGAAGUCUUGGGAAGACCUCUUCAAGAUCAACUUAUGUUCGAUCCUGCGCAAGUAAAUCCAAUGGGAUCAUCUUUGCUAAGAGGAAAAGAUUGGCAGGGUCCCAUAACGCUCAAAAAGAAACCCUUAGAAACUAUUUUAGCUUCUUGCAAAGCUGUCCCAUUUGCAUGUGCUGGAAGGCUUCCCACGCAUUUCAUUCUCGUCUUCGAUUUGAACCCCACGGACCAAUUAAAUAUGUUAGCUCAAUCUAGAGGUAGUAUCCAUUCUAUUAGAAGAGGUUCAACAGAUGUAAGGAGUGUUGGCAGUGACUUCCUAAGGCGGACAUCUCUUGCCAAACUUAACGCUUUGCCUUUGGAAGCACCUAUUACAAAAGUGGUUGGUUUAAUCGACCAAGCUAGAGAAAAUUCAAACCAAAACCCUUCAGUGGUGCAACUACUGGAUAAAGUGGAAGACAUUUUGAAGAGCUGUGAACUAUAUUCGACCCAUGUAAAAGAAGAUUUAAGAAUAAAAUCGGAUGAACCGGUGGUCUCUGACCUGAUCACAGCACUGUUGUCGAAACAGCCUCAGCCAACGUUAAGUGGCUCAUCAAGGAGAAGCAGUAAUGAUUCUUCGGUAUUUAGACAAUCAAGGGGAGGACUGAUGAAGGUUCCUACGGUAAUCAAAGAGUUGCUGGAUCACUGCCUGUCGUGGGAAUUCGAUAUAUUCCGACUUGAAGACUUAACUAAGAAAAGACCAUUACAAUACUUGGGAAUGAGUUUAUUUAACCAUUUCGAAGUUGCCAGUGUUCUAAACUGUGACGAAAAGACUUUAUUUAAUUGGUUGACGGUGAUAGAAGCCAAUUAUCAUAUGGAAAACUCUUAUCACAACAGCACACAUGCUGCUGACGUUAUGCAGGCUACUGCGGGAUUUUUGGAGAAAGAUCGAAUGAAAUCCAUAAUAGAACAGCUAGAUGAGGCGACUACUUUGAUAGCAGCCGCGGCCCACGAUGUUGAUCAUCCAGGCAAAUCUAGCGCCUUCUUAUCCAACUCAGACAAUCAGUUAGCAAUUUUAUAUAACGAUGUGACCGUUUUAGAGUCACAUCAUGCAGCUCUUACGUUUAAACUUACUUUGGGUGAUGAAAGAAUAAAUAUUUUUAAGAAUUUAGAUAGAGAAACGUACAAAAUAGCUAGGGCAAAUGUGGUCGACAUGAUCCUUGCAACAGAAAUGACAAAGCAUUUUGAACAUCUCGCCAAAUUCGUCAACGUGUUUUGUACCAAAUCAUCAAGCUCGGAUCUAGAGUCUGAAGUUUCUGAUUUCGCUCCACUGUCGAUCCCUGAAAAUGUAACCCUAGUCAAAAGGAUGAUGAUUAAAUGUGCCGAUGUAUCCAACCCCACAAGACCUCUAAGAUUGUGCGUUGAAUGGGCGAGAAGAAUAACCGAAGAAUAUUUCCAUCAAACAGACGAAGAAAAAUCGAAAGGGCUACCGGUAGUGAUGCCAAUGUUCGACAGGUAUACCUGUUCCAUACCAAAAUCCCAGAUUGGCUUUGUUGAUUACAUUAUCAAUGAUAUGUUUGAAGCGUGGAACGCUUUUAUCGACAUGCCAGAAUUGCUGGCACAUAUGAGACAAAACUAUAUAAGAUGGAAAGAACUGGACGAACAGGGUCAUACAACACUUUCAGAUAUACAAAAACUCCAGGCUACUGCCUUGAUGAACCCAAUGUUUCCCCAAAAGCCUACCAAAGGCGAAUGAUGGAUGCUUACACGCCAUAGUGUUGACAAUGGUGACAUAAGACAUUUUUUACUCAGAAAACUGUGAAUGUUAAUUCUAAAAAGUGCAUAUCGUGUUUCAUAAUCGGACAAAUAAAUGUACCUAACUCUUAUCUACCUACUACCUUCUUCCUAAAGAAUAUAACUAAAUGAAUGUAUAUUUUUCAUCAUCUUGUGCAUGCUGGUCGUGCAUACUGUUUUAAACUUGUUUUUAUUUUUUAAAUUAUUGUUUAACUAUAUAUAUUAUAUUUUAAUGAGAAUCUGUGUUCUUACUGUUUUAUAUUUUAAAAAAUCAUGUUAAUGGAUGUAAGAUGUAUGUCCCUCAAUAUAAAUAAAUGAUGUUUUAUAGA